AUGACAGAUAUACCAAAUAACAAUUCGAAUAUGCUCUCACAAAAGUCUUCUCAGACCGAGUUAGAUUUUCCUGAUGUAGAUGCUAUACAAAAAGAUGAUAAAACUUCAAACGAAAAUGACCAUCAAGUAAAAUUUUUGCAAUUGUUUCGAUACGCAACUCCCUUAGAUAAAUUAAUGAUGUUUUUUGGUUCAAUUGGAGCAAUGGCGAACGGGAUUUCCAUGCCAUUAAUGACUAUAAUAUUUGCUGAUGUCCUUCAAGCUUUUGCUGAUUUUGCUAUCACCGAAUCAAAGGGAGGAGACAUAAACGUAGCUGCAGCGGAGUUAAAACGUGUUGUUAAAAUUAAAGUAAUAUUAUUUGUUAUCUUGGCCAUUGCAGUAUUUAACCUUUCUUAUCUUCAAAUGUCUCUUUGGAUGAUUUCCGGUGAAAGACAAGCAAAGAAAGUACGUCAAAUGUAUUACGCGGCCAUUCUUCGUCAAGACAUUGCUUUCUUUGAUAAAAUGUCAACAGGAAAUAUUACUAAUCGUAUAUCCUCUGACUCUGACUUGUAUCAAGAAGGUAUUUCUGAAAAGGUUGGUGUAAUCAUACAGAAUGUUGCCACAUUUAUCACUGGGUUUGCCAUUGCUUUCACCAAAGGAUGGAGACUUGCACUUGUUCUUUGUUGUGCUUUUCCUUUACUUGCUGGUGCCGCUGGUUUUAUGUCAAAAUUACUUGCAAAUUCUACUAAGAAAGGACAAGAUGCUUACGGAGAAGCUGGAGCGAUAGUUGAACAAGUCCUUUCAGGAAUAAGAACGGUAACAGCAUUUGGAGGACAACAACGUGAAAUAACCCGAUAUACUAUAAAACUUCAGAAAGCAUAUAAAAUUGGAAAGAAGAAAGCUGCAAUUACCGCUAUAUCAAUGGGAUCAAUGAUGGCUAUUAUCUAUUGUACUUAUGGUCUCGCUUUUUGGUACGGAAGUAUCUUGAUCGUUGCUGGAAAAGCUACUGGUGGUGACGUUUUGAAUGUUUUUUUCUCCAUCCUUAUUGGUACCUUCUCCAUCGGUGGAGCCGCUCCAAACUUUACAGCGAUAGGUAAUGCGAUAGGAGCUGCAAGUAAUUUAUUCUCCUCCAUCGAUCGUAUACCCCCUAUCGAUUCAGCUUCAUCUGAUGGUAAAAAGCUCAACAAAGCUGCGGUAAAAGGUCGUCUUGAAUUCAAAAAUCUUAAAUUCCAUUAUCCGGCCCGUCCGGAUGUACAAGUUCUUAAAAAUUUUAGUCUUACAAUUGAACCUGGUGAAACUGUCGCUCUUGUCGGUACUUCUGGAAGCGGUAAAUCCACAAUUGUCGGUUUAUUAGAACGUUUCUAUGAUCCGAUUGAAGGUCAAAUUUUAUUAGAUGGUGAAGAUAUUAAGAGAAUAAAUAUCAAGUCAUUACGUGCUCAAAUUGGUCUUGUUGGUCAAGAACCUGUCCUUUUCCCUGAAAGUAUACGACAAAAUAUCGCCUGGGGUGCCAAUCCUGAUGGGCCCGAACCUUCUUUGAAAGACAUUAUCGAAGCUUGUAAAAAAUCAAAUGCGCAUGAGUUUAUCGACGAAUUGCCUCAAAAGUAUGAUACUGACGUCGGUGAAAAAGGGUCUCUCAUGUCCGGCGGACAGAAACAAAGAAUUGCUAUCGCACGUGCUUUAAUCAAGAAUCCCGCAAUAUUAUUACUUGACGAAGCAACUUCAGCUCUAGACACGGAAUCGGAACGUCUCGUGCAAGAGGCUCUUGAUGUUGCAGCAACCGAUCGUACAACAAUUGUUGUAGCCCAUCGUCUUUCUACUAUUAAGAAUGCCAAUAAAAUAGUUGUAAUGUCACAUGGUGAAAUUCUCGAAGUUGGUCGUCAUGACGAACUCACCGCUUCAAAAGGUGUUUACUAUGGCCUUGCAAUUAUGUUUGAUGAAAAGAAACACAAAAAUUAUCUGAAACGUAUUGAAACCAAGGCUUCAACUGUUAAAUCAGUUUAUGAUAUUGAAGAAGAACUAGAAAUGAGAUCGAAACAAUCAGCUCCGAUUGCAAGAGUUUUUAAAUUACAAAAACCCGAAAUGCCGUACAUAAUAAUUGCUUCUAUCGGAGCCGCUCUAAAUGGAGGCAUUAAUCCAUUAUUUUCUAUAAUAUUCUCCUCUUUGUUGAACGUUUUCACCAAAAUUGAUAGACCCAAUGAAUUGCGUAGAGAUGCAAACUUUUGGGCAGGAAUGUUUAUUGUUCUUGCUGGUGUUGCAGCCAUAUCCAGUUUUGUUCAACAGGGUCUCUUUACUUUGUCCGGUGAAUUACUUGCAAAAAGACUUCGCAAGAUGGUAUUUUCCCAUCUUUUGAAACAGGAAAUCGGUUACUUUGAUGACGAAAAAAACAAUACCGGAACUUUGACUUCAAGAUUGGCAACAGACGCAACUAAGGUAGACGGUUUGACUGGUGCCCUUAUGGGCAGUAUUAUUCAAUCUGUCUCCAACAUGGUAUUCGGUUUGGCGAUCGCUUUCGCAUAUGGUUGGAAAUUAACUUUGGUUAUAUUAGCCGUGACUCCCUUGAUAUUUGCCUCCGGAAUUUUACAAAUGAAAACUCAUGCUGGUUUUGGUGCUAAAACACGUAAAGCAUAUGAAGAAAGUGGUCAAAUCGUUCAACAAUCGGUCGCAAAUAUGCGUACGAUUGCAUCUUUAUCCCUCGAAGAAACCUUCAAAGAGUUAUAUAAAAAAGCUAUCAAAAAGCCUCAUAGUAUUGCCAUCAGAGGAAGCAUAGUGUCAGCUAUUGGUUUCGGUCUAUCUCAAGGUCUAUUAUUCUUGGUGUAUGCACUUGCUUUUUGGUACGGAGGUGAAUUAGUAGCGAGUCAAGAAUACACUCAAGGCAAUAUGUUGAAAGUCCUCUUUGCAGUUAUUUUUUGCGCUAUGGCUGCCGGACAAAUUAGGUUGGCAAAGAAUGCAGCAAUUUCAAUCUUUGAGAUUCUUGAUCGUGAAUCUAAGAUUGAUCCGACUAAUAACGAAGGGAAGGACAGACCUACUCCUAUUACUGGAUCUGGUGAAUUACAUAAUGCACAAUUUAACUACCCUGCUCGUCCAGAAUUAAAAAUUCUUCGUGGCUUAGACCUUGCAAUUGAAUCCGGUAAAACAAUUGCUUUGGUUGGUGGAUCAGGUUCUGGAAAAUCUACAGUCGUAUCAUUAUUACUUCGUUAUUAUGAUGUACUAUCUGGCACAGUUACUGUUGAAGGGGUUGAUGUUAAGGAUUGGAAUAUGGAAUAUUUAAGAGCAAAUAUGGCUAUUGUUGGUCAGGAACCCGUAUUAUUUGAUUUCACAAUUGGUGAAAAUAUCGCUUACGGUAAAGAAGGAUGUUCGCAAGAAGAAAUUGAAGCUGCGGCAAAAGAUGCCAAUAUACAUAGUUUUAUCAUCGGUCUACCAAAAGGUUAUGACACGCCCGUUGGCGAACGAGGUGCACAACUUAGUGGUGGUCAGAAACAAAGGAUCGCAAUAGCGCGUGCUUUAAUACGUCAACCAAAACUCUUACUUCUUGACGAAGCAACGUCUGCUCUAGAUUCAGAAUCAGAAAAGGUUGUACAAGAUGCAUUAGACAGUGCCUCUAAAGGACGAACAACAAUAACAAUAGCACAUCGAUUAUCAACAAUUCAAAAUGCCGAUUUAAUAUGCGUCGUAAAGAAGGGCAAAAUUGUUGAACAAGGUCAACAUUUCGAUUUAGUAGCACAAAAAGGAUAUUAUUAUGAACUAGUUAAUAAACAAAAGUUAACCAAUCUACAAUGA